GAGAUAUUAGGGGAAACCGUGUUACAUAUGGCUGGGCGGGGACUGUCGCCUAAGAUGGUUCGAUUUCUACUUAAUAAAGGAGCCGAUGUGAACGCUCUGGACAACAGCGGCCGAACAGCUCUCAUGGAAGCGGCUCUGUGGGGUCGGAUACAAAAUGUUCUCGUCUUGUUAGAACAUGAGGCCGACGUGUCUAAGAAGUGUAUCGAUCACAAUCAACUUCUGUCUGCUGCGGACUUUGCAAAACCGUUGGAGGAGGACGCAAAGAAAUGGAGGAGGCGCACGGGUGGUGAUAGGACGUCCGCGCCUACUGCUGAGGAAGAUACAUCUGCUGAGGAUAAGGGUCGCAGAGCUAUUGUACGCCUUCUUGAAGAAAAGGAAAGGGAGCCAGGUUUAUACCAGCUAGACGGAUUUGAAUUUCAAAGACCAUCUAACGACUGGAAGACACUGUCCCUAAUAACCUCCUACAGUCUCCAGACCGAGUGGAAGACAGUGGCACGUAUGAUCCGCGGCAAGGGGCUUCCAGAAAUCGCUACCAUGAGCGAACCUCGGGAGGACAAAGACCGGGGCAAACCGGGGCAGUACCAUGCUUCCCACGUGGAGAAGCAGCUAAUCGCAUAUUUUGUUGAUAAGCACCUAUUUCUAGAACUGCACAAGCCUAAGGAGUUGGUGGUUGUAUUACUUUUUUCGGGGCUCACUGUGGAGGAAGAGGCCGAAAAUAAGCCGACUUCGGACCUAGAGAAAGCAUCCCCGAAAGGUUCUUGGGAAGAGGCUCUUAUAGUGGUCAGCACCCUUCUACGAAAUCGUUGCUUGGACUCGUCAUGUAAUGUGCGUCCGAAAGACACCUCGCCGUAG